GGAAGAUGCUGUUUGAAUUCUUUUCAUGAGGUUUCUUUCUGUGAUGGAGUGGAAUUUAAGAACUCCCUCAGAAUGGGACUGGGAGACCCUAACAGCGUUUAAUACUAAGGCUUUCGAAUUUCCUGGGCGGGUACAACUGUCAAACCAUGAUAUUGAAGUAGAUGGAGGGGUGGAUAAUGGAUCUGUAUACUCAUCUGGAGGUGGUGGCUUCUCUGGUUCUGAUUUGGGUCAUGGCUCUUCUUCCAGGAGCUCCAUCUCUGUUUCAGGUGAUUCUUCGUUGAAAGAGGGAAUAAAGAAAUUUAGGAAUGUUGAAGAUUUUCAUAAAGAUUUUAGUGAGAACAAAGAGUUGAUAAGAGUGGGCAGUAGUGGAAAUUGUCCAACUGUAGGGACUUCUGAUGGCUCUGGUGAAGCAAUGAUUGGUUUAAAACUGGGGAAGCGGACUUACUUUGAAGAUGUUUGUGCUGCUAGCACCGCUAAAACUACAACUUCUUCUGUCAAUCCUGCAUCAUCUGUUUCUGCAACAAAGCGAUUUAGAACAUCUUAUCAGAGUUCGCAAACCCCUCGUUGCCAAGUUGAAGGAUGCAACCUUGACCUCAAGUCAGCUAAGGAUUACCAUCGCAGGCAUAGAAUCUGUGAAAACCAUUCCAAAAGCCCCAAGGUCAUUGUAGCUGGUUUGGAGCGCCGGUUUUGUCAACAGUGCAGCAGGUUCCAUGAGUUGACAGAGUUUGAUGACAAGAAGCGAAGUUGUCGUAGGCGCCUCAAUGACCACAAUGCACGGCGCCGCAGGCCACAUCCAGAGUCAAUCCAAUUUAGCUCUGGAAGGCUGCCUUCAUCACUAUAUGAUGGCAGACAGCAGAUUAAUCUUGCAUGCAACAGGUUACCAAUCCCUGUUGCAACUCCUAUGUGGCAAAAUCCAUGCAGCUUUAAGGACACCCAGACUGGAGGUUCUUUGAUUAGGCCUGUAAAAGCAGUAGGCAUUGAUAAGCAGCUGCAUUUGCCCACUGAUGAGAUGCCGGAUGCUAUUUCUAUGCUACAUGGUAACUCAGAGAGGAUGUUGUCUUUUGAUGGCAGUACACCUCGGGUCCUUAACCAAGGUUUAGAGGCAUCUGCAAUUGCUUCUAAUUCAAAUGUAGCACCAGAUUUCCGGCGUGCUCUCUCUCUUCUGUCAACUAAUUCUUGGGGUUUGAAUGAUCCUGGACCUACUUCUUUGGACCAGCUCAUGCAUGUAAACCAAACCAGCAUGGCCCAGCCCACGAUGCAUGCUGAACCACACAAUUGGGCUCUUGCUUCAUCAGAAAAUAUGCACGUUCAACAAACACCUUCAGAGACUCGGGGACAUUCAUUGGAUUUGCAUAAUAAUGAAGCAGCAUGUUUCAAGAGUUUCAAUUAUUUAAAGCACCUUAUGAGUCUGGCUGUUUUUAUCCCAAUCAAAUUAACUGAGAACCAAGUCUGCUUCCAGUGUCAAAAAGAACUGCAAAUAAAGUGUAGUCCGUGUGAUGCAUUCGAGAAAGCAAUAAUGGGGAUUAGGAUGCCUUUUGUCCAUUGAUCCAAAAUAUCUUCUCAAAUGUAUAAUGUGUGUUAGAAACAAGACAAUGCACCUGCAUUAUGGUUGAAUCCGUUUGUUUCAUGGAAAGUGAGUUCUUCUCAUGGCUUCUUGCCAUCAUCUGUC